AGCCCGCUCUUUGGUCGCGCGCAUUUGCAAAUUUCUGUCAAAGUUGUUUGUUGAUAGGUUAGGUUUUGUAGACAAGUUUUUAUUCUUACUUUUAUUAAAACGAAACUUAGUUAUACUAUAUAUAAAAAGCCUGCCUGAUUUAAAUCAACACACAGUCACAAAGUGCGCGAGUGUUUAUUUUACGCGACAAAUGCAUAAUGUCAGCGCACAAUGUUUGAAGAUGAUAACAUAACUUCUACUCCAAAACGCUGCGUAUUAACUGAAGUUACUAAUUCAACAAGCUAUGUGUCUCCCACGGCAAACUUAAAACUGUUGACAAAUGUCGCUUUACACUACCCCACGCCACCGCCUAGCACGGUGCAGAGGAAAGAGAAAUCCUUGCAAAUCUUGUGUGACAAAUUCUUAAACUUGUAUCCGUUGCAUGGACAUGGCACGGUGGAGCUACAGUUGGACAGUACUGCAGCCCAGUUGGGAGUAGAGAAGCGACGCAUGUAUGACAUAAUCAAUAUUUUGGAAGCGAUGCAAUGUGCAGUGCACAAAAGAAAAAACACAUAUUCUUGGCAUGGAGGUGCUAGGUUGAAUACUUUUCUCAAAAUUUUAAAAAAGGAAGGUGAACAUUUGAGAUUAUCUGACGCGCUCCGUGGGAAAGCCCCUAAGCCACCUGCUCCAAAACACAAAACAUUAGGAGUCCUGGCUCAAAGAUUUCUGAUGCUAUUUUUAGUGGAACCUCCGAACACAUUAAUAAACUUGGAAAUGGCUGUGAGUGUACUUAUUGACACGUCAAACAAGAACAAAUCAGCUCUGUCACCGGAGCAACUAGAUCGUCAACACAAAUCAAAAGUGAGAAGGCUCUAUGACAUAGCUAAUGUUUUUAUAUCUAUAGGCUUGAUAGAAAAAGUUUCAGGUAAUUUAAUAUUAAAAAAACCAGUAUUUAAGUAUGUCGGACCGUAUAAAAUGAAAAAGUCUGAGAGGGCUACGUAUACACCAUCACCCAUAACACCAUUGUCUAUUAUAAAAUCACAACAUCAGUUGACACCGUGCCAUGUGUACGCUGGGAAAUCCAAGAGGAAGCUGGAAUUUACAAUGGGAAGUCCCACUUCUGAUUUAGGAGUGACUACUCCCCCCCAUACUCCGUCCCAUAAAUGGAAUGAAAUCCUCUUCGUAGCAGACAUGGAACUGAAUAAGAUCAAUAAUGGUGUUACAUUGUGAUUUCUACAAUGUUAUUUAGUUAUGCCUGUUUAAAAUAUACUUAUUUAAAAUAUAUUAUACUUGCCAUAUUUUUUUAUAGGCAAACAAUAAAAAUGAAGUCUGAACGUGUAUAUACCUAGAUAGUUACGACUGAAAAUAUUUAAGUCUUAUAUUCGUCUUCCAGGGAUAUAAAAAUUUUAUGACAUUUUUGUCUAAUAAAAUUUAAUACACAA